AAUAAGUCCAUCUAUGAACUUUUAUUGCUACUAAAUAUUCCACGGUCAACUGUUAGUGGUACUGUAGCAAAGUAGAAGCAACUGGGAACAACAGCAACUCAGCCACCAAGCGGUAGGCCAUGUAAAAUGACAGAGUGCGGUCAGCCAUGCUGAAGCGCACAGUGCACAGAAGUUGCCAACUGCCUGCAGAGUCAAUAGCUAGAGACCUCCAAACUUCAUGUGGUCUUCAGAGAGCUUCAUGGAAUGGGCUUCCAUGGCCAAGUAGCUGCAUCCAAGCCUUACAUCACCAAAUGCAAUGCAAAGUGUUGGAUGCAGUGGUGUAAAGCAUGCCACCACUGGAUUCUAG